AUGGCCCAUGUAAUUAGAGCUUUUUCUACUACGGCUUCGCAAUAUGCCAGAAAAUUAAAGAUUGGAUUAAUACCAGCAGAUGGUAUCGGAAGAGAAGUAAUCCCUGCAGCGAGGCAAGUUCUAGAAGCACUUCCAAGCAAAAACGACCUGAAGUUUGACUUCAUCGACUUAAACGCCGGCUUCGAAUAUUUUCAAAAGAAUGGAACAGCCUUACCUCAGGAAACGUUGGAAAUUUUGAAGAAUGAAUGCACUGGAGCACUUUUUGGAGCCGUUAGCUCCCCAUCUCACAAGGUCGCUGGCUAUUCAUCCCCCAUCGUUGCAUUAAGAAAAAGUCUCGACCUUUACGCAAAUGUGAGGCCCGUCGUAUCAGUUGCGUCAGAUAAGACUCCUGAUCAAAAACCAGUAGAUAUCCUGAUUAUCAGAGAGAACACUGAAUGCUUGUAUAUCAAACAAGAACGCCUUACUGUAGAUGAAGCAACGGGCCUAAAGAUUGCAUGGGCCGAUCGAAAAAUUUCAGAGUAUGCAUCACGUAGGAGUGGUAAGAUCGCAUUUGAGAUGGCAUUGGGAAGGGAUAAAAUUCGACAGGGUAUACCACUGGAGAAAAGGUUAUGGAAAGCAAAACCAAAGGUGACGAUCGUUCACAAAUCAAAUGUGCUGAGCACCACCGAUGGUUUAUGGCGAGAGACAAUUAGGAGUGUUAAGGAAAACGAUCGCAAAUAUGACGGUGUUGACAUGGAUGAACAAAUUGUUGAUUCGAUGGUGUACCGACUAUUCCGUGAACCACACGAAUUCGAUGUUGUUGUCGCGCCGAAUUUAUAUGGUGACAUCAUCAGUGAUGGGGCUGCUGCAUUGGUGGGCAGCUUAGGUGUUGUCCCAAGUGCAAAUGUUGGAGACAAUUUUGUAAUCGGUGAACCAGUUCAUGGAUCAGCUCCUGAUAUUGUCGGACAAAAUAAGGCUAACCCAAUUGCGGCGAUUCGCAGCGCGGGAUUAUUACUAGAGCAUUUGGAAUUAAGCGAAGAAGCGCGCUUAAUUUAUAAUGCCGUAGAUGAUGUAUUGAGAAUUGGUGAAACUUUGACACCUGACCUAGGUGGAAAUGCCACAACCCAGCAAGUUACCGACGCUGAAUUUGUAAAGGCAGAUUUUCACAAUAUGAUCCUAAACGAAGGAAUGCUGGUGUCUCAACAAGAUAAUUCAUCUUCUCUAAAGAAAGUGUUGGAGAUGGCCGAGAAAAUCGGAUAUGUUAAUGAAGAUGGUCCUUUUUCGUCGAAAACAGAAUCCUCUAUACAAUUGGUUGAUUUGUUGAGUGAAAUACUUUCACUCCGUGAUCAGAGUGAAAAGAUUCGUGAAGAACUAACAAAAAUCAAAGAUUUUCAAACGAGCUUCGAUCUGGUUAAUGAAUGUGAACUUGAAAAAAAGAUUAAAAUAUUCGCGGAUUUUAGUAAACAUGUGGAAUCCAUCAUCUCAAAUAAACAAACUCUUUUGAUGAGACUUAGAGAUCCCUUUGUCGGCGAACAUAUCAACAUCGAGCCAGAAUAUCACAAAGAUUUCGUGGAAUUGUUUCCAUUAAUUGCACAAAGCAUCGCUUCGUUACCGCAUGAUUUGGAGAGUAUUCAGUGGUUCGAGUGUCACGAUAUUGCCAAUGAAACAAUAGAUUCGCAAAUCUCGGAAAUAUCAUCACUGAUUGCAAUGUUUGGAAAUUAUUCUGACUGCCUUGAUCGUGUAAGAAUGGCUUUAAAGGAUAUUCAGAGUAUCACCAAAGGAAAGAAAAAACACAUUUCAAAGAUGGAAGACGGAAUCUCAUCGGUUCUAGAGUCACUGAUUAAGUCUGAUGGUGUUAAAGGGGUUUUAAUUGCCGAUGAGCAUGGCUUAUGUCUUGGAGCUAGAGGAACAGCGAAAAACCACUGUUCCGGCAUCAUCACCGCAAUUGCCACACAUGCUAAAACUUUACAAGAUGAUCCGGCUUCGAAAUCUCCUAUCAUAAAGAUAGAAGUCGAUAAUUCGACAAUAUUGAUAAUAAAUGACGAUGGGAAUCGUACUCUUGCCGUGUUUAAAUGA